AGCUUUCAUAUUUUCAUUUUUAACACGGAAGUUCACAUGUAUCAGAGCAAAGUAUAGCCUCGGAGAGAAGGGAUGAAGAGACCAUCAUGGGUUUGUACUUUGGCCACACAGGUGUGUCUCUGCUUUGCUCUCUACAUGGUUCUCAACUUGGGCCAGCCUCAGGAAUCUGUUUACAGGCACGGUAGUUGGAAGUCCCGUGACUUUUACUUUAUCAGUGUUAGAGGAGGGUUUAGACCCAUCAAAGAGCAGAACCAUCUUCUCAAACUGAUGGAGAAAGUGGUGAAAACUUACAAUGCAAGUUUUGUGGUCAACAUUAGUGAGCUUGGGGAGGAUGAUCCACUCAUGCACAAUGUAACCUUGCUCUUCCCGGCACUGAAAGUUUCCUGGUACUCCACUAGAGCUUCUAGCCAGGGAACUGGCUGCUUCCUGGAGAAGAUUGUAUUACCUAAUGCGAAAACACUGGAUAUUGUCAAUCUGGAUACUGGUUUGCUGCAGGACAUAAAAAUUAAAGGAUUAUCGAGUGCCAUCCAAAACAAUACAUUAAAUUGGCUGGCAAGGACUCUUGAAGCCGCUGAUGGUAACUGGUAAAAUAACUCUAUAUCUUGGUGGCUGGCACAAAUUUUCUUCCACUAAUGGUUAACUUUUUGAAAGAUUUUUAAAGUUUUAAUUGAUUCAUCCAUACUUGGAAUGGAAAACUUGAAGUUUUUCAUUACACUACAUUUGAUAUGAAUUCUACUCUUUUGCAGCACUUGGAAGUUACAAUCUUAAGAAACUGUUCAUAUUUUCUUAAUUCAUUGAUUGUCAUCUGCUGUCUAUUUGGAUUUCAGCCUUAUAUUACCAUAUACCAACAUAUUAUUCAUCCAAAUCUAAGUGCCUUUUCAAAACUGUGAAUCCAGGCUCAUAGUGAUCGGAUUUCACCCCUUGCUUCCUUGUGAAGAGAAUAAUGAACAAAUGGAAGCAAAGCAGAUAUAUGAGCCUCUACACCAUAUCUUUAUGAAGUAUGGAGUGGUAAUAAGGAAAACUUAUUUUUGAAUCAACAGUAAAUAUCAUUCAUUCUUUAACUUCACAAUUUGUGAAUUAAAGUCAGUUCUGAACA